GUGGGUUGAAUGGGCUGCUGCCCUUCGGCGCCGCCGCCGCCGCCAGCGCCCUCGCCACGGAAGCAGCCCCCGCCGAGACGGCGACGCGGCCGUUGCCGGUGAAGAUCUCAGAGGUGGCUCCCGAUCUCACCUCGUACGCCUCGAGGGCGUCGAGCGUGGGGAAGUCGCGCAACCAGAUCCGCACAACGUCAUUGCUCAUGAGCUCAAGCCCGUCAUCACCGUCAAUGCGGAGUAGCACUGACGAGCCGAGCGAGAGGUUCAGCUUCUCGGACACGAAGGCGGACAAGGACAUGAUAUUCCAGACGGCGCCGUUGUUCCGCCGCGAGAUGAGGCAGCGCGUCACGCGCACGUCGCCGCCGACGGGCUCGAGACUGGCGCCUUCCGCGCCGCGGAAGGCCUUUGUGGUCAUACUGUCGCCCGGCACCAACUUGAUCUUUAGGACUGCUUCGUCCUCGAUCGGAGGGCUCGCGGCCUCGGACGGGCGGCGGCGGACGUCGCGUCCGCCCCGGUCGCGGCUGCGGCUGCGGCUGCUUCUGCGGCCACGGCUGUGGCUGUAGCUGUGCUGCCGCCGAUCGUCGCGCCGGGAGCGGCUGCGGCUGCGGCUGCGCCGCCGGUCAUCGCGCCGGUCACGGCUGCGGCUGCGCCGCCUGUCCCCGCCUCGAUGCCGCCGGUUGUCGCGCCGGUCGUCGCGCCGGUCGUCGCGCCGGUCGUCGCGCCGGUCGUCGCGCUGGACAAUGUGGGACGCCCGGCUUUGGCCGCGCUCACCAUGGCUGUCGAAGCUGCGGCUGCGCCGGGAUAUAGCUAG